AUGAGUAUUUUCUGCUCCUCAAAGUCUUGCCCUUUUGUUUCAAGUUCAAUUAAUGAAUUAGUAGAGCACAUCAAACAGGCUCACAGCUUCACUUGUUCAAUUCCUCAAUGCGGAUAUUCAGCAAAGUGCUUAUGCAAAGUGGCAGAACAUGUCCAAGCAGUCCACUCAAAUUACCAACCGAUUUCAUUAAAUUCGUCUAGACUGUUAAGAAAAUAUCUGUUGCCAAUUUCUGCGAAUGUUGAUAUUGCAGAACAAAGAGAAUACAUGGAUAUGGAGGAAGAAGAAAAAGAGGAAGAAGAGGAAGAGUCUUACUCUCUGCUAGCAAAAAUGAAAGAAGUCAAGAAAAACGAUCCUUCGCUGGUCCUUUCUAACUCAACGAAAAUUAGAAAAUGAUAA